AUGUCACAGCCGGGAAAAAGAAAAUACCUUUUGAGAGGCUCAUCAAAUAAAAAAUCCAAAAGUGUGCUGAGUGAAUCUACUAAAGUUAACACUAAUCAUAAUAUCACUACUAAGCCUACUACUUCAGUCCAAGAAAUUAUAAAUAAAAUUGGUCAAUCUAAUGGUAAUAGGAAAAACAACAUGUCUAAUGUCAGUGGUUCCUUGUCACCCAUUAAUGUAUGUGAUGACAUUGAACUUGGAGAAGUU